GGAAGCGCGAGCAGCUUCCUCUUGUUGUACACCUUGCCUGGAAAGGGGACGUCGCCGCCGGAGACCUUUCUGAUGGAUGGAACUAAUUCAACGAAUCAGAGAUGGUAAAUGCGAUACAUUUGUGGUUAUUCUUUUAAUGGCGUAAAAUCCUCAAAAAACAAAACAAAACAAGGAAUUACCACAGAAAUUAUCUACACAAGAAUCAGCCCAACGCAUUAACGAGGCUGAACUCACGGUGCGCCUGAGUUAACCGCUGCGAGACCCCGAGUCCCAGGAUGGGCUCUGUGGGGGCGGAGAGGCGCAGGCAGGCCACCCCCGUCCUGACCCCGGAGGGGAAUGUGGUCAUGAGCUUCAGCUUCGAGAGCUACCAGCUGGAGGAAGAGGACUGCCAGGCCAAGGACAUACCCGACAAAGGGGUCUUGACCUUCACCGAGCCGGCCUUUGAAGAGCCUAUGCCCGAUGACCGCUAUCAUGGGAUAUACUUUGCUAUGCUGCUUGCUGGAGUUGGAUUCCUGCUGCCUUACAAUAGCUUCAUCACUGAUGUGGACUACCUACACUGGAAAUUCCGAGGGACGUCCAUCGUGUUUGAUAUGAGCCUGACGUACAUCCUCGUGGCCCUGGUUGCUGUGAUCCUGAACAAUGCCCUGGUGGAGAUGCUUAGCUUGCACACCAGGAUCACUGUGGGGUACCUGUUUGCUCUGGGGCCCCUGCUCUUUGUGAGCAUCUGUGAUGUCUGGCUGGAGCAGUUUACCAACAAGCAGGCCUAUGUCGUCAACCUGGUGGCUGUGGGCGUGGUGGCAUUUGGAUGUACAGUUCAGCAGUCCAGUUUCUAUGGUUACACUGGAAUGCUUCCAAAGAGGUACACGCAAGGAGUGAUGACUGGAGAGAGCACAGCGGGCGUGAUCAUUUCCCUGAGCCGCAUUUUCACCAAGCUGCUGAUUAAAAACGAGAAGAAGAACACCAUCAUCUUCUUCUUCUUCUCCAUCAGCAUGGAGCUCAUGUGCUUCAUGCUUCACCUGCUGGUUCGCCGGACGCGCUUCGUGCAGUACUACACCAAACACUCCCACCACGGCCUCUCUGUCAAGGGCCAUGACAACCCGGGCACUGGAUACAGGGUCCACCAUGACGCCAUUACAGAGGAAGUAAGACUCGACAAUGGCGCAGCGGGUGCUUCUCCUUCUGAAUUUGGGAAUGAAAUUGAAAUAGCUGGCGGUGGCACUUACAUGAGAUUUGAUGUCCCUAAGCCGAAAAUAAAGAAGAGCUGGCCCAGCAUAAAAGACAUGAUCCUGCAUCGGUAUGUGGUGUCACGUGUGAUCUGGACCUACAUGCUGUCCAUCGCUGUCACCUACUUCAUCACCCUCUGCCUGUUUCCGGGACUGGAGUCAGAGAUCCACAAUGCCGCGCUGGGGGACUGGCUGCCAAUCCUCAUCAUGGCCAUCUUCAACAUGGCCGACUUUGUUGGCAAAAUCCUGGCGGCCCUGCCGUACGACUGGAAGGGCAGCCGGCUCCUGCUGCUCUCCUGCGUGCGCGUAGUGUUCAUCCCGCUCUUCGUCAUGUGCGUGUACCCCGUGGGCAGCCCCGCGCUCAGCCACCCCGCCUGGCCCUGCGUCUUCUCCCUCCUCCUGGGCAUCAGUAACGGCUACUUCGGCAGCGUGCCCAUGAUCCUGGCAGCGGGGAAGGUUGUGCCGGAGCAGAGGGAGCUGGCAGGCAACACAAUGACUGUGUCCUACAUGACAGGUCUGAUGUUGGGAUCUGCAGUCGCCUACUUUGCCUACGGCAUCAUCGCCAACGGAUCCAACCCCCACGCAGAAGCACUGCACAACUCUACCUCAGGGUAGUCAACAAGGCGGCCGACCAGCCAGCACCCUGUAGUACCACACCACUGAAAUACUUUAUUCAUAUUUUAUGGUGGCCGCGUUUCAGCAGCUAUAAGGUAAUGACUUUGAUAGCCAGCAAAGCUUGACCUUAUUUGGAACUCACUGAAGCUCUCUCUCUUCAUCUUGGUUAACAUCCAAAUGUUAGGAUGUAGACAUUUAUAAAAAGAAGUGGGCAGUUAUGCCUCCAGCAUUGUGCUGCCUGUCUUAUGACCCCAUCCUCCAUCUCAUGCUGCCUUUCAGAAGCUCAGUCUCCCUCUGCUAUGUGUGGCAUCCUGUGUCAAACUCACUUACACCCUCAUUCCACGUUGCCUUGUUAUUUAUUCAUAUCUCUGUUUUUAAGGGGUUCUUUUGCACAGAGGUGGACGAUUUUCCUUUCACCCAUGCUAUUAUGUUAUUUUCUCAUAUCUGAAUAUUGAGAAACACACCAAAAUGUCAAAUAUUAUGAUUGGCUAGGUGCAUUUUCCGGAAAUGCACCCAGUCAAUCAACAGUUUUUCUGAAGGGACUUUAAUCUUGUCGUACUGAGGGGACUCAAGUUAAUUGCCAGGGUGCUUCAGAAUGAAAAUUCUCCUCAAGUCCCCUCCCUAAUACAAACUGAAUGUUGCUGUCUGUGAAUAAAAAAAAUAAUAAUCUUUUCUAUU